GUCAUGGACGGUGAAGCCCCUUCACCACCACCAUGUUUAGGACGGUGCCUCGAGCAGCGCCCCGAAUUGGCGCAUUCGUACGAUGCGAAGCGCAGACUCCCCUUGUAGGUCGUCUAUCACCUGCGAAAACAUGGCGGCCUGUGCAACAGCAAUUGGGCCGGCGGCAUCGCUCUUCGAUGCGGGACCAAUUUAGAGAGCAGUUCCGCAAGAGCCCCAUCAUGUUUCCCUUUGCGAUUGGCAUGAUUGUGUUCGUCUCGGGCAUUUGCGUCUUCUACAUUCCGUGGUACUACAAGAACGUCAUCAUAAAACCCUAUCACAACUUCCCUGAACCUGUUGCCAAGAAGCUUCGUAGAGCUUUAUUUUAUAGCCGCGGCAAAUGGCUCGAUAUCCGCGAAGCCAACAAGCAUUUUCGGCAAGCACUGGCACUCGCCGACGAACUUGGCAUGGAUCCUUUUAGCGACGAAAUUAUGGGCGUCAAAUACACAAUUGCUGCCUUGUUUGAAGAUGCAGGAUACUAUAGUCUGGCCAUUGACGUCUUGGAGAUUAUGCGCAACGAUUGCCAGCGGUGGGUGGACGAAUUCUCGGACAAGCACUGGACAAAUGGCAACAGGAGUAGGGUAAAGAAGAACAUGGUGCAAAUCAAUCUCAAGCUAGGCCAGCUGUAUGAUGUAAGAUAUGUCAAUGAGCCGGAAAAUGGCGAAAAGCGGCUAGUCGAGGCAGUGGAGAGUGCGCUCAAAGAACAGCAGCGGCGGGAGACGGAGGGAGUCAAAGAAGGCGAGGGGCCAUGGAUGAAUGAUGAAGAAAUGGGUGGUACACUUGAAGCUCUUGCGACACACUACGAGCAAUUCGACUCUCACUACUUGGCGACACCAUUGUUUGUCAAGGCACUCCAGCUAUGCCCGCCCAAUUCGUGCCACGGCGUUGUCCUAAUGAACAACAUAUCCACCUGCCUCGCCCAACAAACACCUCCAUCCUCUUCCGCUCCAACCCUCUCAUCCGCGCCCACCGACUUCCCUGUCAGCAACUCGGCGCCCCGUGCUCUUCUCAUCGACCAAGCUCGUACAUGGGCAACAAGAGCCCUCGCUCACGCCGCCCAAAUCAAGGCCCCAGACCGAACAGACGAGUGCGAUGUUGGCUGCGCCGUUGCGACACAUAAUCUAGGCGAAUUCUUCGAAAUGCAAGGCAAGACGGACGAAGCGAGGCAAAAGUAUGAAGAGGCCAUGACUCUGUCAAAAAAGAUCAAGUUUGCCGAGGGAGUGAACAACGCCAGAUUGGGAAUUAAAAGACUAAAAGAGAGCAAGGCGUAAUGGAUAGACCAUGUAAAAUACUGUAGAACAUACGUGUCGAGUAGGCUACUACAGGAACGACCAUCGCCACAACGGCAUGAGCCGCUUACUCUA